AUGCCCAAGGUUGCCUCGGCGAAAGGCUCGGGCUCUGGUUCGGGGACAGCUUCGGCUUCUGGAUUGAAAAGAAACCAAGCUUGUCAUACAUGUCGGAAACGCAAGCUUAAAUGUGACGCGAAAAAGCCAUGCGGGACUUGCAUACGGUCGUACCAGUAUGCCAAGACUCAUCCGCAACCGGGCGUUGUCCCUCCGGAGACCAUAGACUGCACUUAUGAUGAAGUGCCAGGGCUUCCAGAGAUCCCCAAAGACCGUUACGGGCAGUUGGAAGACAGGAUACGGGAGCUUGAGGGUCUAUUGCGCGGACAGCCGCCUGGUGUGCAACAACCUACCAGCCUACACGAGGUAUCCGGAGUCUUGAACGCCAUCAUGUCUGGACACACUACCACAGUCGAUAACGGCCUGGAUCUGCUGUCGGCCCUUGCCAGUGGAUCUAUGCCUUCUGAGCUGGGUGCAUACUCAGCAGGCCCAUCCGGAAUAUCCCCUCUCUUUCACCCAACGUCAUCUACCGGACAGUCACAGCACUCGUCUACUGGGCUAUCGCCUCCCUCACUGUCACCGCCCGGGAACGGCUCCGACAGCUUUGGCUCUUCUCCUAGUGCAUCGGCCCCUAGCCCGCGUGGCAACAAAGUUGACCCUUUCAUGGUCGGGUUUGGUAGCGGUGGCGGUUGCUGGGAGGAGCGCCAACCGACCCAGCCUCCGCGCAUGAGGGGUCACGGUACCCACCCCACUGCAAGCUCGGUGGAUCCCUUGGACGCCGCAGUCGGGACUCCUUACUACCCGGACAACCAACAGAACCUCGUUUACUCAGGAUGGCCGGAAGACCUUCCUGCACCUGAUCUCUUGAGGCAUCUCAUUGAUUCGUUCUUCGCGUUUCAUCCUCACGCCAAUCGCCUCUUUCAUCAGCCGACAUUCAUGAACAACCUAUGCUAUCCGCCCACCCAUCCGAACUUCCCUUCGAGCGCGGUCUUGCAUGCCAUCUGCGCCGUGGGCAGCCAGUACACUGCUGCAAUCUCGCAGACUGAAGUUCCUGGUGAAGGCAUUAUGCCUGCCAACGAGGCUUUCCAGAACAAGUGGAAGCAACAAGAACAUACCGAUAGCUUUGCAGAGACGCACAUCAAGCUCGCUAGACGUGUGAGCGAACAGGACACGCUACGUGGAUACCGUAUGGUGGAAAACAUGCAAGGUUCGAUCCUCUGCGCACUUUGGUACUGGUCACAAGGCAAAUGGGUGGAAGUCUUCAUCAGCACGGGAAAUAUCGCGCGUAGCGUCUACCCAUUGGGCUUGUCUCUCAACGAGGACUUCAGCCCCAUUUCAACCUCUGCGGUCGGGCUAUCACUGAUCCCCGAACCUCGAGACGCAAUCGAGAGCGAGACGCGCAGGAAUAUAUAUUGGCUAGCGUUCAUGCUGGAUCGGCUGACACAUGCCGCCAAUCUCUGGCCGCACAGUAUCCACGAAGAGGACUGCAUGCAAGUCUUUCCCGUCAGCGCGUUCAACUUUGCCUUAGGGGAAUCGUAUCCUCCCGUGAAAGAGCGCGAAAGUCUCCUGAAAGAGGACGUCAUUCUCCGCCACAACCCGGAGACCUGUGAUUCGUUCAAUCUCUAUAUCAAGGCUGUUGCGCUUCUAGGGCGCGUCAAGGAUUUCAACUUGCACUUCCGCCGGGAGAAGCAUAAGGCGGCGGGAAGUCAUCAGUAUUCGAGCAUGUGGCGUCGCGUUUGGGAAGCUGAGUGUCCGAUCUCGGAAGACUACGACUACAAGUCCGACCCACGCUGCACGGGCGCCUUCAUUGAGCUGCAUCAAGCAACUACCGAGUUCCGCAACACGUUCCCGUCGCAUCUUCGCGAUCCCUUCGCACUCGGUACCAUCGACUCGUACUUGUAUGCUGCAUCCCUGUUGCCGCACAUAGCGAACAUCAAUCUGCACGACCCGCACGCUCAUAUGGAGAACCGCAGUUGCCAGUCAGCAGCGAAUUUGCUGCGAUCUGCGCGUGCUAUACUGGAGCUGUUGUACUCGGCGCAGUCGACUAGUUUUGACCUCUCUCUUCUGGACCCAAUCUGCAACCUAGCGUGGUUUAUGGCCGGAAAGACCCUUCUCAGGUUCUGGCAGGUCGCAAUCCAAGUCGACGCGCAAGAACAGAUACACACGUUUAAAACUGAAGUCGAGUUUAUCGCGUCUGCCUUGGGCCAGGUCGGGCACCGUGUCGCACUUGCAAAGGGAUACUGUCUCCUGCUCUCCAGCAUCGCGAACAAGAUGUGUGGCGCGAGUCUAUACUAA